CAUCACAAUUAUAGACCGUCGUCUCUCUGGCCCAACCCAAUGUACCCAAUGACAUUUUAGGCCCUUUCUGGUACUGAAGGACUGAAUCUGACCCUCUGCGAUGGACGCUGGAAAGAGGAAGGGCUACGCGUGGGCAGUCUCAGCCGGACUUAACGCUGCUCUUGCUGCCAUUUCCGCAAAGCUAUUCACCUCUCAGUUUGUUAGAUAUGGCCUGGUGAUAUUAUUCAAUGUGACAAUGUGGGGAUGUUAUGUAAACAGCCUUAAGGCUCUCUCAUCUCUACAGGCUACCGGAACAAACUUCGCUACCAACUUCCUCUCUUCUGGUCUAGCUGGAUUGUUCUUGUUCAAAGAAUCGUUGUCAUUUCAGUAUUUGCAAUUGUGGAUUAAAUUAUGGAAGAAAAUGUGAGAGAAUACAUGGUGAUAACUACAAAAAAGUGAACAAGAAGAAAAAUGCUCCUAGACCAGGGGAAAGGCCAGAAUGCACUUGGUUUAUCUAUGUAGUUGCUGCAAAUCUGCCAAAUUCAUAUAUGACAAAAGGCGACAUCCAUUAUUUUGGAUGUCAGAUAAUCGGUUUUUUUACAGUAUUUUACUGAUAGGAACUUGGUGUUCUGUCCAUUUGGGGAUUCUUGUAUUUUGCCCAGAUGGUGCUUAGGAUGUUGGCUGCUAGAGAGAAAGUAUGGAGGCCGUAGGUCUAUAGUUUAGAGAUAUGCACUUUUGUGUGUCAUGUUGAGCCUUUGAUGUGAGAGGAAUGGUCAUUGCUCUCAUGCGGCUGAGUGUGUGAACUUCCAAUACAGUAUACAUGGGCUCACACCAGCUGGCUGUCUUUCUUGUCUCCUAAACCUUUUAUUUCCUAUUCUUUUCUGGAAUCUUUUGGGGCUCGUUUGGCAACACUUUUUAGACGUUUUUUGGGUGUACUUUCCCUGUAACAUUCUAAAAUCACAUCACAGUGGUAAUGAAAGAUAAAUUUUAAGAUGCUAA